AUGGAGGCUGUGAAAAGUUUCAAUUUUUUUCUUUUUUACUCUUCCAUUAAAGCUUGUAACUUUCAAUUUACUUACUUCAAACUGAAAAAAACCCAGUUGUUGUUUCUUUUGAAUGGACUACAACCCAGAAAUUUAAUCAAAGGUGUUUUAGUGGAUCUCAGUUCGAGUGAGGAAAUGGACACAGUACAUGAAGCACUAGAUGAGGCCAAACUUGAGAUUGAAAAGCUCAGGGUAAACUACCAAGGUAAAGCUGAGUUGUGUGAGAACUUGAAAAGAGUCAAUAAUGAGUUGCUAACCAAGAAUCAGGAGGCGAAUUUGAAAGUAGAGAAGCUCAGUCAUGAAUUGUCUGGGAAAGAAGAUGAGCUUGCUGUCACUAAACAGUUGCACGAGGCAAUCGAGUCAAAACUUAGAGAAAAGGAGACUGCUGUCAGGCAUCUAAGUUCUACAAAUGAUAAGCUUCGUGCUGACAUUGCUGAGAUGGUCCGAAAGUUUGAAGAAGAGAAUAGAGGGCUGGCAUUGGCUUUAGAUGGUGCUAAUUCAACUAAUAUGGAUCAGGAACAGCAGAUUCGUUCUCUUGAACAAGAAAUUGAGGGGCUAAGGGCUUCGGCUUUACAGAAGAAAAAGUCCUUGGAAGUUGAUGAGAAGAGAGCCAAAGCAUCCAAAGAGCUGAGAAACACCAAUGAUAUGCUACUGGAGAUGGAGCAGGAAAACAGGAAGCUCACAGAUCAACUAAAAUGGAGGAAUGAACAGUUCAUUCAUCUGGAAGAGGCUCAUGGCAAGCUCAGGCAACAACUUAAAAAAUGUGAAGAAGAGAAAGAAGGGCUGGCAUUGUCUUUAGAUGGUGCUAAUUCAACUAAUGUGGAUCAAGAGCAACAGAUUCGUUCUCUCAAAAAGGAAAUUGAAGGGCUAAGGGAAUUCGUAUUGGCUUCACAAAAGAAGUCCUCAGAAGCUGAGAAGAGAGCCAAAGCAUCCAAAGAGCUGAGGCACAGUGAUGAUAUGCUUUUUGAAAUAGAGGAGGAAAACAGGAAACUUGAGGAACAACUUAAAUGGAAGAAGGAACAGUUCAGUUAUCUGGAGGAGGCUCAUGGCAAGCUCAAGCAACAGCUUAGCAAGUAUGAAGAAGAUGGUAGAGGGAUGGCAUUGGCUCUAGAUGGUGCAAAUGCAACAAAUUUGGAUCAAGAGCAACAAAUUCGUUCUCUCAAACAAGAAAUCGAGGGGCUAAGGGAAUUAGUAUCAUCUUCACAGAAAAAGUCCUCAGAAGUGGAGAAGAGAACUAAAACAUCCAAAGAACUGAGACACAAUGAUGAUAUGCUGCUCGACAUGGAGGAGGAAAUCAAGAAGCUUGCAGAUCAACUUAAAUGGAAGAAGGAAUCGUUCAGUCAUCUGGAGGAGGCUCAUGGCAGACUCAGGCAACAACAUCUAGAGGAGGAGAAAGAAUGGGCUAAGGAGAGAUCCACAUUGCUAGAUGAGAUUUCCAAACUGCAGGUGAAUUUAGAUUCUCAGCUUAGAAUCUCGAAAGAUCUUGAAAGCCGUUUGUGGAUGUGCAAUCAGGCUUUAGCUCAUGAAGAAAGCAAGAGAAAGCUACUGGAAGUUCAACUUGCUGAGUCUAAAACAACCUUUAACAGUGUCUGUGCGGAGUAUGAGGAAUCCAAGUCUAUAAUUGAGAGCCUGACAAGUCAGAGGGACAAAGAAAUUGCAACUCUAAGAGACAUAUUGGGCUCAAGGGAUACACUUCACAAGGAAAUGGAAUACCAAUUCAGGAGGGUAGAGCAAGAGAAUCAUGAAUUGAUGACAUCCCUUAAAGAACUCCAGGAAGCCAAAAUUCAAGAAGCUGGAGCUUCUUCUUCCUUGUCAAAACUCCGAAACAAGCUCAAAGGCCUGGAGCAGGUGCACAAGGACUGUUUUGGUAAUCUCAAAGCCAAAGAAGCUGAAUGGGCUUCUAAAUUGGAGAAACUAACGGGGGAGCUUGAUCUCUACAAGUCGUCUGUACAGAGCAAAGACACUUUAAUAAUUGAACUUCGAGAGGAGUUGGAGACGUGUGAAUCACUAACAUUGCAGUUAACACUACAGAAUGAGGAGACUUCCAUGAUGCUGUUAGUGUUGAAAUCUCAGUUUUUUGAGCUCCAUCAAAGAAUUGUUGAUGAUUAUGCUUCUAUGGAAUUGGAGAAGAGAGAAGGAGUUGAGAAUAUCUCUACUCUAAUCAAACAGUUGAAUACGAAGAAUGAAGCUCUUGUUAGAGUUCAGGAAGAUCUCGAAGAGGAGCGUGAAAAGGUAGCACUGCUGUCAGAAAAGAUCGAGUCCUUGAAUUCUGAAGAACAACAACAGCUUCCUUUACAAAGAGAGGUUGAUACACUAAAGGAAAUGCUGAAAGAAGCAUCAACUUCUCAAAGUCAUUUGAAGGAGCAGGUAUUGCAUACAAAGAGUGACUUGGAACAAGUUCGUGAUGCCUUGGAUAGAGCAAAUGAAGAACUAGCUGAAAGUUUCGAAGAAGGAAAUGAACUGGAAUUUGAACUGCAGGUAUGGAAAUCUGUUGCUGAAAAGUUGAAAGCCAACUUGGAAGAAAACCUUCAAAUGAGGAGACAAAUAGAAGCCUCCCUUCUUGCCCAAGCAGAUGUUGAAUUUGACCUCAAACAAGAAAGAGAAAGCCUUGAACUCGAGCUGGCAGAAAAAGAUACAAGAGUGAAUGAACUCCAGCAGCAGCUCUUCGACCAGAAAAGGGAACAGACAGCGUUGCUCAGUGAAAAUAUUGAGGACAAGAAGACUUCUCAGGAUCUUCAGAAGGAAGUGGAGUAUUUGGAGCAAGAGUGGGUGAGAAAAGAGCUUGAAGGUGCCAUUUUAGCACAAGUGGAAGCAGAAACAAAGCAUAAGAAGGAGAAAGAGAGCCUCCACCAGAUUGUUGAAGAGAAAGACCACAGAAUAUAUGAUCUUCAGAAGGAGGUGGAGUAUUUGGAGCAAGAGUGGGUGAGAAAAGAGCUUGAAGGUGCCAUUUUUGAGCACGUGGAAGCAGAAACACAGCAUAAGAAGGAGAAAGAGAGUCUCCACCAGCUUGUUGAAGAGAAAGACCACAGAAUAAAUGAUCUUCAGAAGGAUGUGGAGUAUUUGGAGCAAGAGUGGGUGAGAAAAGAGCUUGAAGGUGCCAUUUUUGAGCAUGUGGAAGCAGAAACACAGAAUAAGAAAGAGAAAGAGAGUCUCCACCAGCUUGUUGAAGAGAAAGACCACAGAAUAAAUGAUCUUCAGAAGGAGGUGGAGUAUUUGGAGCAAGAGUGGGUGAGAAAAGAGCUUGAAGGUGCCAUUUUUGCCAAAGUGGAAGCAGAAACAAAGCAUAAGAAGGAGAAAGAGAGCCUCCGCCAGAUUGUUGAAGAGAAAGACCACAGAAUAUAUGAUCUCCAGCGGCUUGUCAACUCGCUGGAAAAUGAGUUUGAAAGUUCAACUAGUUCAUUCUCAGCCAGUCUCUCGGAAAUGCAAGCAGAGGUUGAUGUGUUUCAUAAAACCUGGGAGAAGAUGAGAACAGCUGAGAUCCUAAAAGAGAUUGAAAUACAGAUGAGGAACUUGGUGAUCGUUGAAUUAGAAAAUGAAUUUUGCAAGUUGCAAAAGGAAGUGGAGCACUUGGAGAAACACGCGUCCAAUUCUGUUGGAAAAAGGACAGAGCUUGAAGAUGAGAUUGAAGCCAAAAUAUCAGAGAUAGAUGUGUUGCAGUUUAAACUUGAAAAGCAAGUAAGAAGCUCAGAUAUUGUGAUCAAGAACCUACGUAAAGAAAAAGCAAAGCUUCUUGAAGAUGUCAUGAAAUUGUCAUCAGACAAGGACAAGUUGCUUGAUACUUUCAUGGAAUUAUCAGAAAGAAUUUCCCGGAUGUCUAAGGAAGAUAUGCAGCUAGCUGGUAGUUUGGAAAGGAUGGUACAAAACUGUGACAGCAGUAUGCCGGGAACAGACUUGAAAUGGGAUAAUGAAUUCUUUGACCCUGUUAAAGAGAACAAUAGCAGACGCCCUUCCACUCCAACUUCCACUUCAACCAAGAGAUUAGAAGCUAUUCUUGAUGAAAGAUCACCAUUGAGAUCUCUCAACAAUUAGCAAGGAAAUUCAAAUAAGGAAAAGAGAAGUUAUUUUUUU